AUGAAAGAGAAGGGGGACGAGGUAGAGAGAGAGAGCGAAAAUGAAAAGGGCAACAGUAAAGACAUCGGUAGUUAUAGCAGUGGUGAUAAAAACUGCGAAGAGAGUUCCCACAAAAGUUGUUUCAGCAAUCAAAGGGGGAAUAAGGUAGGGAAUGAGGUAGAGAAUAAGAUGGGUAAUAAGAUACAUAAUAAAAUGAACAGUGGAACAUGUAGUGAUCGUGAUAACGGGAUUGGAGAUGGGUGCAACACUAUUGAGGAUGACACGGACAGUCCUAAGAUUGAUGAAAUUAGAGAAAAGAUGAAUGAGAGAAAAACCAGAAAUUUCUUCAAUCGGGAAAACGAUGAAGAGGUACACUCUCAGGAAGUUAACCAGAGAGACGAACAACAUGUGCAGAAAAAAUUCAAUGAAAAAAUGGAUGAUGAAGGAAGAAAGGCAAUAACGUGUAAGAUAAUAAAUCAUUUUGAAGGAGGUGAUGAAAUGAAAAUUGCAGCAGAGGGAGAAAUUAUUAUGUGUGAUGAACUAGAUUGUAGUGAUAAAAAUCAAGAGAUUCCCAAGAAUAAUAGUAAUAAUAUAAUUGGAACAGAAAUAGGAAGAAAGAAUCAAUUAUCCAAUGACGAUUUGGUACAGUUGUCCAUAAAAUCUAUUCAGAGGAAUGAUAAUAUCAGUCAUAGUUUUCCUAUGGAAGGGGAAAUCUCUAGUGUUAACACUUCGACAGCACGUAUUAGUGUUGUAAAUAAGAUUGAAAAUGUAGAUAAAAUUGAGCAUGUUCAAAAAUGUGAAAUCAUUGCAUCCUCUCUUCAGAGGGAAGAAAUCAGUCAUAUAAAAAAUGACAACGGUGAUGAGCACAGCUUGGUGCAGAAGGUGGAAGUGAAAAAAUUGAAAAAGAGAGGAAACCCAAACUUUUUUAAAAGAGGAACGAAUAUGAAAGGUGGCAAUAAUGAAGAAAUAGGAGAAGAGCAAGCCAUAGCAAAGUUAGGGAAUAAUAGUAAACUAUUUACCGUUGGAAGGAACAUAAGCAUGAAUAAAGUGGGACGGAAAAAGGGAAGGAGGGAAAAGAACGUGAACACGAGCAACAGUACAAAUGUGGAUUGUGGAAAUUCAUUUCGAAUUAAUAACGGAUGUAAUAUCAUAAAAGAGAACAACAAUGUUAAUGAUGGUGGUGAUAAUAACAACAGUAACCAUAAUUAUGUCAAUAUUAAUAGCGGCAGCAAUAACGGUAGCAAUAAUAAUCCGCUCAAUUUUGAGAAAAACAUUAUGAACAAAACAGGUGAAAGAGGAAAAAGAAAAUUGCGCAGAGGGAGGAUGAAGCAGAAAAAAAAAAUUCCUCGAAAGAAGAGAUCUCGAUGCACAUUAAAUGGAAAUAGUUCAAGUGAUAAAUUUAUAUAUGAAACAACUCAUUCUCUAAAUAGUAAAUUAAAAAAUGAGAAAAAAAAUUAUUUAAAAGAUAUGUUGUACUAUAACCAUAAUGAUGAUAACACUGAUACUUGUGGCGGUGAGGUGGUACAUGAAAUGGAUAAAAAAUUCUCUAACAUCAAAAUUUCUAAACAUUUUUUCUUAAAAAUGGAUGAUGAUGAUGAUGAUGAUGAUGAUGAUGAUGAAGAGGAAGAGGAAGAAGCGGAGGAGGAGGAGGAGGAGGAAGAGACGGAAGAAGAAAAAGCAGAAGAAAAAGAAGAACAUGAAGAAGAAGAAAAAAAAAAGAAAAGAAAAGAAAAAGAACAUGAACAAGGAGAAGAAGAAAUAAAAGAAGAUAGAAAAAAAAAAGAUACUUUUGAUGAUGCCCAAUCUAGUAAACAGAGUUCAAUGUCCUCCAAUUGGAUUAAACAAAAUGUUCCAAAAAAAAUCAUUAUCUUAGAUGAGCGUGCUUGUGGUUGGAGUGGUGACCAUAGUGCUUCUAAUGCUUCUAAUGCUUCUAAUGCUUCUAAUGUUCCUAAUGCUCAUAAUGGCCCAAGUGGCUGUAAGGGUGAUAACACCAAUAGUGACACGAAAAGUGAGAGUAACCCAUGUGGGGGAAAUAAACUAAAGAAGAAAAUUUUGAACAACGAAGAAAGUAUUGCUUUAUUAAACCUUGUUAAGGAAGUAAAUAUGAAACGAUUAAAUUUCAGUUACAUCGUUUCGAGUAAAGAUACUCUCAUGGAACAGUUCAUGUUGUAUAAUUUGUUUUCUUAUGAUAUUACUAUAUUGAAAGGUGCUUUAAAAUUUAUAUACACCUUUUGUUUAUUUAAAAAUUUAAGAUUGUACUAUCAAACUCAAAAUAAAAAUAUAUAUAUUGAUGAAAAAGCCAUAUCAAAUUGUAGAAUAAAAGACAACCUGAUUGAUACGCACUCCAUUAUACUAGCCAUGUAUAAUGAUUAUUGCAAGCACCUAAACAAAAAUAAAAUGCCCAUUGAUGAUUUUAUAAAUUUGAAUUAUUUCAAUAUACAUAAUAUAAAAUUUGCUAAAAAAAAUGUCGUUCAGCACAAUAAAAUGUAUGAAGAUAUUAUUCUCCCUGAAAAGGACAAUCGAAAAAUUAGUUCCAUGUAUAAAUGUCUCCCCUAUCUUUACUCCAGUUAUUCGGAUGAAGAAAAGAACUUGUCUAAGAAUAAGAAGUGCGAUGUCAUGGAUUGUGAGAGUGGUGCUGUAAAGAUGGAAGAGAAUUUUCUUCCCAUGAGAAGGAGGGAGUGCAAAGAGGAGAAAGCAACCCUUAGCGGAAUAACGAAGGAGGAUCCAAAUGGGCAGUUCGACAAUCAGCCGGAGAAGCAGCUGGAGAAGCAGCCGAAUGAAUCAUGCAAAGAGCACGGAAGAGAGUCAAUAAAAUAUCCAGCAUGUGAGUCCAAAAAAGAAUCGGUUCCUUUAAAUUGCGUGGUUAAGAAUAACCAUGUUGAUUCUGAAAAUCUAACGCAAGGUAAUAAAACAUCCGAUGAGACCCAUGACAUGCAGGAUAUUCAGAAGAACGAGAUAAUAAACAUUGCAAAUGAGGCUAAGGAUGGAAAGUGUUUACAUGAAUAUAGCAAAGAGAAGAACUUGGCAAGUGAUACAACAUCCAAAGGGGAGUAUCCACUGGGGAUUUUAAGUAAUCAGUGUGGUAGAGACCGAUCGGAAGGAGCUACAGAUGUAGAAAAUGUGGUAUGUGCUGAAAACGUGGGUGAAGAGAAUCAAUCUUGUUGGGAUUCGCAAAAAAUGAGGAAGAGGAAAGUUGUGCUUGGGAUAGGAGCAGACGAGACUUUUGAUUACACAUGUAAGAAGCAAAGAGGAGUGUAUGAUGUUAAAAAAGAAGAUGAGAAUUGUGAGUUUAAAGUGCAGGAAUCAUCAUCUGUGCAAGAGGAGAAUCCAAAGAGAAGGACAGUUAAUGACGUUUGUUUCAAAAUGGAAAGGGUAGAAGCAGAACCCAAUGGUGAUAAGGACAUGAGGGAAAAGGGUUCUAUUUGUGAGUUGACAAAGAAAUGUGAUAUUAAAAAAGAAAAGAAGGAAAAUAUUUUUAAAGAAGAAGAAGAAGAAGAAAAAAAAAAAAAAAAAAAAAAACAUAAAAGUAAAGAAAUGGAUCUUUUAGGGGUUCGAGUGAAAAAUGAAGAGAGGGGAGAAUAUGUGAAUGAGAAGAAGAAGUGUAUCCAGAUGAGUGGGAAUGAUACAGGCAUUGGUGUUGAUUCAGGAAAUACAAGAAUGAAAGGUGAGUAUAACAUUAUAGGUGAUGAACCUUUUGCUCCAGAUGGAAGAGAUUAUAAUAAAUGUUUAGAGGAUAAGGAAACCGAAUCGAUAAUGAAUGGAGAGUUGGGAGUGUACAAAAAAAAAUGGAUAUUACGAAACAGAAGUAUAAAAAAAGAGAAAGAAAUAAAAAGGAGUAAAUUAGGAAGACCGUGUAAGAAAAAUGGUUCCUCGAAAGUAGGAAUGAAAAGAGGAAGAAAGAAAUAUUUUUGCAACAAUAAUCUUUCGCUUAUGAAAAAUAGAGGAACGAGAAGAGGUCGCAUUGCAUCGAAGAGGACAAGAAAGAAGAGUGAAGAAAAAAUGACAAAAAAUGAAUUUCAUUUUAAAAAAAGGAAUUCAGAAUAUGAUGAUUCUACUGAAUAUGGCGAAGAUGUAAAUGAAUUGGAAAACGUGAAUGUUAUGCUUUUGGAAAGGAUAAAGCAUAAUUACAAAAUGAUAAUGGAAAAUGACAAGCUGAAUAAGAAAAAAAAGGAAGAGAAGAUGUCUCUGAUGAAUGGUGGUGGUGGUGGAAGUGGAAGUGGUAAUGGCAGAGGUAACGGCAGAGGUAACGGCAGUGGCAGUGGCAAUGGUGGUAAUAAUGGGAACGCGUGUAAUUCUACGCUUGGGAAAACAGAAUGUGGUUUAAGUUUUAAGAACAUUCAGCAUGCUGAAAGAAGCAGCAAUAAUAACAAUGGGGUAGGAGGUGGAGGCGUGGGAAGUGGGGUUGUUGGAGCUAGUGUUGAAGGACGUGAUUACGAUUGCAGUAUGAAGAGCGGAUGCAAUAAGAACAAUAAUGUCGAGUGCAAUGAUUACAAAGAGAGUGAUAGUAAGAAUGUCAAAAUGGAAGAGUGUGAAUGGGGAGGAAGAGGUGUGGGGAUGUAUAUGAAUAAUAGCGAGCUGACAGAAAAGGAAAAAAAGCACAUGUUGAGUGUAGAUUGGUUAUAUAAUAACAAUUUUAAUAUUUUGGAUAUCAAGGUAAAUACACAUUUUUCUCACAAUUAUCAUAUAUCAUUAUUUUUUUUAUGUAAAUAUACAUCAUAUAAUUUGUUUUUACACCCCAUAAAUAAGAAUGAACAUAUUGUAUCAUCAAUAAUUUUAAAUUCCAAAAAUGAAUUGCUAACGGAUAAUGGGAAUUUUUUUGUUUUAAGAUAUUUGUUAUCUUUUUUAAGUAAUAAAAUUUCUAGUUUGAGAAAAUGUUAUGCCAAUGCUUUGUACAAUUCAUAUUUGUUGCAAAUGCCUAUACGGAUUUUUCGUCAUAACAAUUUAAAAACAAAAUAUAGUCCAAAUUAUGGAAUUCGAUAUGAUGGAAUAUACAAAAUCGUGAAUGCUUUUACUACCAAUGAUUAUUCUACUUCAGAAUAUAAGAGAGAUAUUCUCUAUGUCUUUAAGAGGCUUUAUGUGGAUAAAUGUUUCAUUCCUCGUAGUUGUCGAUUUUAUGAUAACCAAUCAGAAAUGAAGAAAUACUUAAUUGAGAAAAACUCCGUUUCUAUUAAUGUUUUUAGGAACAAGGAAAUUAUAAUGACUUUGACUGUGCCGUACUUGAAGAAUUACAAAUCCACGACGUUUAUGAAUUUUAAUCACAUAUAUAAGUUUAUCAGACGCAAGUGCAUCAGGGAGAAGCUGGCCCCAGAAUGGGUUAGGAGAGACGUGCGCAUGUAUGAGGAAUGCAAGCGGCACUUGCGACAUGAGGAGAUGCAGAAGAGGGAUGACAAUCGGGAUGAUAACAGGGAUGAGAACAGGGAUGAUAACCAAGAUCAAAUGCAGAAUAAGAUGCAGAAUAAGAUGCAGGAUAAGAUGCAGGAUAAGAUGCAGGAUAAGAUGCAGCUGGGGAUGCAUGACAAAGGGUCGAAAAUUGGACGGAGUAAAGUGGAAGAAUAUCCAUUUUGGUGCAGAGGGAAGUAUCUGCCAUUGGUACUGACCCUAGAAACAUUGAACUUUGAAAAGGAAAUAAAGGAAAAUCCAAGUAUUAUUCGAACGAAAAAUUUUAAAAAUAUAGAAAUAUCUAUUAGAAAAACCGAUAUCCCAAUAAAUUGUGAAAUGGCAAAGAGACCAGCUCAUUUAUUCAUACCUAUAAAAAGUAAAGAAGCUAUAGGAGCAUAUAUUGAAUUGAAGAAACCUUUUGAUGAUACAUGGAAUCCAUAUGAAGAUUUAUCUGCUGGGAAAGAAAAGUUUAAAAUUCCAGUUGAAAAUGUAGUAGAUGAUUCAUUACCUCCCAUGAAUUUCACUUAUGUAAAUAAAACAUUAUUUUUUUCAAGACUUCCACCUUAUAAUUUAUUACCAUUGUGUUCUGGUUGUGCACCGCAAAAUUACAGUAAAAAAGAAUAUGAUGAAAUAUAUAUAAAUGGAUAUUGUAAAGGAUUACGUCAUAAAAAAACAAAUAAAGUUUAUUGUGAUGGAAAUAAGAGUUAUGAUAUUAAUGACUUUAAUGUUUUAGCUGCAUGUUCAGGUAAUUGCUUAUGCGAUCCUGUAAAAUGCACAAAUAAAUUUCCUGAAGGAUUACAUUAUCCUGUUAAGGUAGUAAAAACGCGAGAUAUUGGAUGGGACAUUGUUUCAUCAUCACAUAUAAAAGCGAAUUCUUUAAUUAUGCAUUAUGUAGGAGAAAUUACUACAAGAAAGGAAAUGAUUUCUCGAGAACAUGAAUAUGAUAAGAAAGGUUAUUUUAAUUAUUUUAUAGAAACAGCUGAGGUUGAUGAAACUUAUACUGACGAUUGGAAAAUUCCUUGUAUUGAUGCUUUAUUCAUUUCAAAUGUAGCUAGAUUUUUAAACCAUUCCUGUGAGCCUAAUGUUAAUGUUAUUACAAUUUGGCGUGGAGAUAACUAUCCCUCUGUUGGCAUCUUUGCAUCUAGAGACAUAAAACCGGAUGAACCCUUGAAAUAUCACUACGGGAUUAAUUACAAAAAUAUUAAGUGCAUGUGUAAUUCGAAGAACUGCAAAGGAUACAUCGGGUAA